CGUAUACCCUCCCCUGCGCUGAGCUCUCUCUUCCCCUGCCGCAGCCUUCUUCUACCCUUCUCCUCCUCUCUCUUUCGUCCUGUUCUACUAGGUUUAAGCUACUAGUAUUUUGGUACUCAUGGGGAAUGCGGACUGUGUGCUUCCCGGGACGGAGUUCGGCCACCGCGUGCCGGUGCCGCCGUCACGGCCAUUCCUCGACACCUUCAGGGCCAACCUGAAGGAGACCUUCUUCCCCGACGACCCCCUCCGGCAGUUCAGGAACGAAAGCGGCCCGCGACGAGUGAUCCUGGGGUUGAAAUACUUCCUGCCCAUCCUCGACUGGGCCCCCAGCUACAGCCUCAGCCUCUUCAAGUCCGAUCUCAUCGCAGGGGCCACCAUUGCCAGCCUCGCCAUCCCGCAGGGCAUCAGCUACGCCAAACUCGCCAAUCUACCGCCGAUUAUUGGGCUAUAUUCAAGCUUCGUGCCGCCGUUGGUGUACGCCAUGAUGGGGAGCUCGCGGGAUCUCGCGGUGGGGACGGUGGCCGUGGCGUCGCUUUUGAUCGGGUCGAUGUUGGCGGACGAAGUCUCGCCGACGCAGGAGCCAGCAUUGUAUCUGCACUUGGCCUUCACAGCGACCUUCUUCGCUGGGCUCUUUCAAGCGGCCUUGGGGCUGUUGAGGCUUGGCUUCAUAGUGGACUUCUUGUCACAUGCAACCAUAGUGGGAUUCAUGGCAGGAGCUGCCACAGUGGUGUGCCUGCAGCAGCUAAAAGGGAUGCUGGGCCUGGAACACUUCACCACUGCCACUGACCUGGUCUCUGUCCUCAAGUCAGUUUUCACACAAGUUCACCAGUGGAGAUGGGAAAGUGCUGUUCUCGGAUGUUGCUUCCUCUUCUUCCUUCUCCUGACUCGCUUCUUUAGUAAAAGGCGGCCCAGGUUCUUCUGGGUCUCUGCAGCUGCCCCUUUGACUUCUGUGAUACUGGGAACCCUGCUGGUAUUCCUCACUCAUGCAGAAAACCAUGGAGUCCAAGUGAUCGGAUACCUGAAGAAGGGCCUAAAUCCGCCGUCGGCGACUAGCUUAAUCUUCACGGCGCCGUAUCUCACCGUGGCGCUGAAGACCGGCGUCGUCACCGGCAUCGUCGCCCUCGCCGAAGGCAUUGCGGUAGGGAGGAGCUUCGCCAUGUUCAAGAACUACCACAUCGAUGGCAACAAGGAGAUGAUAGCUUUCGGAACGAUGAACAUUGUUGGAUCCUUGACAUCAUGCUAUCUCACAACUGGGCCGUUCUCGAGGUCGGCGGUGAACUACAACGCCGGGUGCAAGACGGCGAUGUCGAACGUGGUGAUGGCGGCGGCGGUGAUGAUCACCCUGCUGUUCCUGACGCCGCUGUUCCACUACACCCCCCUGGUCGUCCUCUCUGCCAUCAUCAUGGCCGCCAUGCUCGGCCUGGUCGACUACGAGGCGGCGAUCCAUCUGUGGCACGUCGACAAGGUCGACUUCUGCGUCUGCCUCGCGGCUUUCCUCGGCGUCGUCUUCGGCAGCGUCGAGAUCGGACUCGUCAUCGCAGUGUCCAUCUCCAUACUGAGAGUCCUACUGUUCGUCUCAAGGCCGAGGACGACCGUGCUCGGCAAGGUUCCAAACUCCUCGGCCUACCGGCGGGUUGACCAGUAUCCGGUGGCACAGACUGUUCCCGGCGUCCUCAUCCUCCGCAUCGACGCUCCCAUCUACUUCACCAACGCCAGCUACUUGAGAGAGAGGAUAUCGAGGUGGAUCGAAGAGGAGAAUGACAGCUCCAAGGGAGAGACCAGCUUACAGUAUCUGAUACUGGACAUGGGUGCUGUUGGCAGCAUAGACACCAGCGGAAUCAGCAUGCUGGACGAGGUCAAGAAGAUCAUCGACAGGAGAAGCAUCAAGCUUGUGUUGGCGAACCCCGGGAGUGAGGUGAUGAAGAAGAUGAACUCGUCGAAGAUCCUUGAAGCCAUAGGCCAUGAGUGGGUGUUCCUCACCGUAGCCGACGCCGUUGCUGCAUGCAACUUCAUGCUGCAUACGUGCAAGCCAGGGGCCACAGCCAAUGACAAUGGAGCCUGCGAAGCCGUGGUUUAAGCAGUAAGAACAGCUGCAGAUCGUAGCAAGAUAGAGAUAGUGUGCAGGAUAAAGAUUGGCAUGCGAGAAUGUGAGAAUGGCAUCAUGCUACUAUUAAUAUAUUUUUUUCCCGAUCUCCCCAAGGAAGAACCAUUGUAGUGUCCUGUUCCAUAGGAGUGAUGGCAAAUCUUGCAUCGACUCUUUCUGCGUGAUCA